AUGACGCAGGGUCCCGGCGGACGCGCGUCCCCCGGGCCUCCUGCGCCCCCGGAGCCCGAGGCGCCCACCACCUUCUGCGCGCUGCUGCCGCGCAUGCCGCAGUGGAAGUUCGCGGCUCCGGCCGGCUUCCUGGGCCGCGGCCCGGCGGCGGCGCGGGCGGCGGGAGAUGCGGGGGUCGCGGGGGGCACUGACCCCCAGCCGGAGUCGGCCGGCUCGGCUAGCGUCCCGGCACUGGCGGCCGCGGUUCUGAACGCCUGCGAGCCGCGCUGCGCCGCGCCCUGCCCCCUGCCGGCGCUCAGCCGCUGCCGGACCGCCGGGACGCGGGGGCCGCGGGGCGCGCGGGGGACGGUCGGGCCCCCAGACGCCGCCGCCGACGAGUGGAUCCGCAAAGGCAGCUUCAUCCACAAGCCGGCGCACGGCUGGCUACACCCAGACGCCAGGGUCCUGGGUCCUGGGGUCUCCUACAUCGUUCGGUACAUGGGCUGCAUCGAGGUCCUGCGCUCCAUGCGCUCCCUGGACUUCAACACUCGUACCCAGGUCACCAGGGAAGCCAUCAACCGGCUCCAUGAGGCUGUGCCGGGCAUCCGUGGCUCCUGGAAGAAGAAGGCCCCCAACAAAGCGCUGGCCUCCAUCCUGGGCAAAAGCAACCUGCGCUUCGCGGGCAUGAGCAUCUCCAUCAGCAUCUCCACUGAUGGCCUCAACCUCUCGGUGCCUGCCACGCGCCAGAUCAUCGCCAACCACCACAUGCAGUCCAUCUCCUUCGCUUCGGGUGGCGACACGGACAUGACAGAUUACGUGGCCUAUGUUGCUAAGGACCCCAUCAACCAGAGAGCCUGCCACAUCCUGGAGUGUUGUGAGGGCCUCGCCCAGAGCGUCAUCAGCACCGUGGGCCAAGCCUUCGAGCUGCGCUUCAAACAGUACCUGCACAGCCCCCCCAAGGUGGUUGUCCCCCCAGAAAGGCUGACUGGGCUGGAGGAGCCGCCCUGGGGAGACGAGGAGGACACAGAACACAAUUACUACAACAGUGUCCCAGGAAAGGAGCCGCCCCUGGGCGGGCUGGUGGACUCCAGGCUCACCCUGACACAACCCUGUGCCCUCGGGGCCUUCGGAACCCUCAGCCAGGGUGCAUCUCCUGCUCGAAGAGACGCCCGUGGCCUGCAGUGGGAGCUGGGCCUCUCAGCCCCACCUGGGGACGGCUAUGUGCAGGCGGAUGCCAGGGGGCCCCGAGACUACGAGGACCACCUGUACGUCAAUACGCAGGGUCUGGACGCCCCGGAGCCCCUGCAACCUGAGGACAGCCCCAAGAAAGACCUGUUCGACAUGCCCAAGCCCCCCCUUCCCAGCAGGAGGCAGCUGCCUGCCCCUGCCUCCUGCCCCCGGUCCUCACCCGCAGGCCCCUUCGAGGACGCCCUGAAGCUGCAUGAGUGCUCCGUGGCGGCUGGCAUGGCGACAGCCCCCCUUCUCUUGGAGGACCAGUGGCCCAGUCCCCCCACCCGCCGGGCCCCCAUCGCCCCCACGGAGGAGCAACUGCGGCAGGAGCCCUGGUACCACGGCCAGAUGAGCCGUCGGGCUGCGGAGAAACUCCUCCGAGCAGACGGGGACUUCCUCGUGCGCGACAGUGUCACCAACCCCGGGCAGUACGUCCUCACCGGCAUGCAUGCUGGGCAGCCUAAGCAUCUGCUGCUUGUGGAUCCUGAGGGAGUGGUGCGGACAAAGGACGUGCUGUUUGAGAGCAUCAGCCACCUCAUCGACUACCACCUGCAGAACGGGCAGCCCAUCGUGGCUGCCGAGAGUGAGCUGCAUCUGCGCAGUGUGGUAAAGCGGGAGCCCUAAGCCAGGUGAUGGUUCUAGUCUCGGCUCCUGUCCCUGCUCCCAGACACCCCUGGUGUGGUGGCCUUAAAUGGUGGCUCAGCCUUUCUCUGGACCCUGGUCAGGCCGGAACCGCCGCUGUCUCUCCUUCCUCCACAUGGGGCUCAAAUCUCUUCUCUAGCAGGCCUUGGGUUGCGCUGGGUAAUCCAGGCCUGUUCUGGUUGGUUUCCUUGUCCGAGGCCCCUCGUUCUAAGGCCCCUCCUGCCUCCACCCUUCACCUGGAGUGAAGGUGUAUAUACCAAAGACAGAACCGUUUCUUGCCUUUAAUGAAACAAUAUCAGAAAGGAGCCUUCUCUCUCAGAGCCCUGGCUGAGGUCCCUGUGGGGACGGAGGCACCGACUCUUUUCUGGGCUGGACCUCAGCUCAGGAGGGCUCCCAAGCCCCUGGCAUGGAGAUGGACUCCUGUCCUGGCUGGCUUCAAUGUUUCCAACGGAAAAAUUGGUGCACAAUUGUUUUUUGGAGGGAGAACAGAGGUGCUUUGGGUCCUCAGGGCAGGACAUAUGCUGAUGUCCAAGUGGGGGGCAGCCUUCGGGUGUCGACCUGGAUUGGACAUUUGGAAUCUGUUGUAAUUAAACCUGGGAAUGACUGCACACUAAAGGGCACUCUUA